CAGCUGACCAAUUGACCAAUUGACCAGCAUUAUGAAUCAAGUCCGACGAGUUGGGACGUCCAACCUACAACAGCUUGAUCCUCACGUUUUGUAUCCCUGCCACGUCUGUGGAAUAAGCUACUGCUAAGAAACGCACUAGCACAAGUUAUUUGUUGAUCCUCGCUCCACAAAUCAAGCGUACUCUAGUUUUUUCAUCUACUGCCGGAGUUUGUACUAGACUGGUGCCAUGGAGGAAAGCCAAUUGGUCCAAACGGUCUUUUAGCUUGGAGGACCAACUACAUGUUGCUUUUGGGUGAGUCAAAACAGCAGAAACACGAGCAAAACAACAGAGAGAGCGAGAGAUUAAAACACAUGGAUAAUCGAAAGAUGAAACGGAUAUCACGCAAAAUCUCGCAAUGCAACCUCGCCAUGUACGGGCACCUCAGAUCGCACAGAUUCGACACUUGAGCCCUUUGGCUCGUUAUUUUCAUGCUGCCUAGUGCCGACGAACGGAUCAAGAUGCCUGCAAAAAGCGGCCACUACUAAGACAACGUGCAGCCCAUGCACAUGCAAUCCUGUCUGUGCCUUGAUGUAAAAAAGAAUAGCGCCCAACAGCCAACAGCAAGUCUUAUCCCGCUACCAACGACGG